AUGGUUAUGAAAAGUAACACAGAGGGCAAACAAUUUCGUCCUGCAGAAAAAGAAGUGACUUACGAUGAUUUACUUUCAUCAGUUGGUCAGUUGGGUAUCUACCAAUGGAGAUUAUUUUUUUCUACAUGCCCUUUCUUCGCAUUUGGAGUUUUUGCAUACUUCUCACAGAUGUUCAUAACAGAAGUAUCGCCAAAUCAUUGGUGCAGAAUACCGGAGUUGGAAAACAUGACUGCCAUUGAACGCAGAGAUCUUGGUGUGCCUAAGGACAAUACCUCGAGAUUUGGAUAUUCACAGUGUACAAUGUACGUUACCAAUUGGACUGCAGUUUUAGAGAAGGGACAGAAGCUUAAUCGCACUUGGAAAACAGUACCAUGUCGAUAUGGAUGGGAAUUCAAUAAGUCUGAAAUACCGUAUCCGACUAUAGGAAGUGAUUUGGAAUGGGUCUGUGAAAAAGACAGUUAUCAGGCGACGGCUCAAGCUAUAUUUUUCAUAGGUUGUAUCGCAGGAGGAUUUUUUUUUGGUUGGAUAGCUGAUCGUUUUGGAAGAUUACCAGCUAUUAUAGGCAGUUGCCUUGCUGGUUGCGUAGGUGGUCUUGCCAGUACAUUUACAAAAAAUCUUGGGGAAUUUGCUGCUGCAAGAUUUGUAAUGGGAAUGGCAUAUGAUUCUUGCACGAAUAUUUCAUACCUUCUUCUUUUAGAAUAUAUCGGCCCAAAGUAUAGAACAUUGCUAGCAAAUUUGACAUUUGCUUUAUUCUUUUGCUUAUUUAUGACUGUACUUCCAUGGGUUGCCCUCGCUUGUGGUAACUGGAAAGUUUUUUCUUUAGUCACUAGUUUACCUUUAGCUCUAUCCCUACUUGCAAAGUUAUUUUUGCCAGAAAGUCCAAUGUGGUUAAUAUCGAAAGGACGAGUUAACGAAGCUAUUGAAAAAGUAAUCAUUAUAAGUAAAAUAAAUAAAAAAGAAAUACCUACGGAGAAGAUAAAUCAAUUCAGGUUACAAGCAAGUAGUGUUACACAAGACAAUUUACAAAAUCUAAGUUGGUGGGAGAUUUUCAAGAGACCACUAGUAAAAAAAAUGUAUAUUCUAACUGGUUUAGAGUAUAUGUGCACUGCUUUAUUAUACGAUGGGCUUGUGAGGAGUAUAGGACAGUUGGAUUUCAAUUUCUUUGUAUCGUUUUCAUUAAUAUCCUUCACAGAAUUUCCUUCUGUUCUGAUAGUCGCAUUCAUUAUGGACUACAUAGGUAGGAGGUGGAUGUGUAUAGUGGUAAUGUCUAUUGGCACCAUAUUUUGUUUUCUAGUGCCAUUUGUCAGUGGAGUGCUAAGCCUUGUAUUCGCGGUCAUAGCAAGGUUUGCAGUAAACAUGGGAUUUAGUGCCGCUAUGCAGUGGGCUCCAGAGGUUCUACCAACUUCAGUAAGAGGAUCGGGCGUUUCUGUAAUUCAUAUUUGUGCAUUUGUUUCAACAUUUUUAUCACCGUAUAUUGUGUAUCUGAAGGUUUAUUACUACUGGCUUCCAUUUGUAGUAAUGAGUGGCAUUUCGGGAUUAGCAACGAUAAUUCCAUUCUUUUUACCAGAAACGGCCAUGAAAGCUAUGCCAAACACGUUUGAAGAAUCAGAAGAACUUACGAAAAAUCAACGGUUGCGGCAAUUACCAUAUUUGGAAUCCAAAAAACAAAAUUCACAAAAGGACAAAACGAACGAAGGCGUUGAGUGCCAAUCCUAA